UUGUAAAUGAAAAUAUUUUGUAUGUAUGAAAGAAUUUUGAGGAAAAAAAGAAGCUGAUACGUAUAAAUAUAAAUCAUCGUUCUAAAAAUAAAAUGUAACGACAAGUUGAGUCGCUAGGUUUCUAUAUAGUUAUAUAUACACAAUGUAAAAAAAAGAAAAGAAAUCGAUCUGGUACAAUAUUUACCAAUAAGGAGAGAAAGAUUAUUAUACUGAUAAAGAUAAUAUUAAAAAGAAAAUGCGGGAGAAUAGGAGAAAAAAAGAUUUUAUGGCACAAAAUGUGGCCUUAAACAAAUACUUGAAAUAUAUAAUACCAUAUGAUUUUUUAAGAUUGAUCAUGAUCAUGAUCAUUAUUGUAUUGUGUAUCUUGCUAUUACUUGUAAGACAGAGAAAAUAUACUAUUAUUGAACAAUAUGAAAUAAAUAUAAUUGUUGAUGACAUAGAUGAAAAGAAACUAUCGGAUACGUUUAUUGUAUCAACCGUUAAGGAAAAAUAUAAGAUUAACGUAACGUUUGUUGAUACAGGAUUUGAAAGUGGUGAAAGUAUGGAAUGCAACAACAUUCCUGUAGCAUUACGCUUUGAUUGUCAUCCCGAAGAAGGAGCAUCAGAAUUAUCCUGCGCAAGUAGAGGUUGUUGCUGGAAUCCAGUUAAUAAAGAAAUUUCCAGAGGAAAACGAAUUCCUCUGAAUGUACCAUAUUGUUAUUACUCAAAAAAUUGGACCAUAUAUAAAUAUGAAAAUUUUAGCAAGGAAGGAAAUGAGUUUACUGGAUUUCUAAAACAGACAAAGGAUUCUUUUUACAAAACUGAUCUACCGAUUAUUAAGGUAGAAGUUAGUUCCGUGGAUGAUUCAAUUUUCCGCAUAAAAAUGUACGAUCCUCUAAAAAAACGGUACGAACCACCAUGGCCUCAUAGAUCGAAUCCUAAACCUUUCAGUGAGAAAAAUGUAAAUGCAAAAUACAAAGUAGAUAUUGAUGAUGUGAAACCUGGUUUCAAAAUAUAUAGAACGUUAGAUGGUACAACCAUAUUCGAUUCUUUUAAUGUCGGAGGUUUUAUAUUUGCCGAUCAAUUUCUACAAAUAAGCGCUCUGUUGCCAACUCAUAAUAUUUAUGGUAUCGGUGAGCAUCGAAGCAAUUUAAAGCUAAACACUAAUUGGCAGUCUUUUACUUUAUUUAAUAAGGAUCAAGAACCGAUGGAGAAUGCAAAUCUGUACGGAUCUCAGCCAUUUUAUUUGAUGAUUGAAAAUUCUGGUAAAUCUCAUGGAGUUCUCUUUCUGAACAGUAACGCUAUGGAUGUGAUAUUGCAACCAACGCCUGGUAUAACAUUUCGAAGCAUCGGCGGUAUCUUUGAUAUAUACUUUUUCCUAGGACCAAGUCCAGCAGAUGUUAUAAAACAAUAUUCCGAAAUAGUCGGCAAACCGUUUUUACCUCCUUAUUGGUCCCUUGGUUUUCACUUGUGCAGAUACGGAUAUAAGAGUUUAGAAAAGACGAAAGAAGUGUGGAGGAGAACCAUAGCAGCGGAAAUUCCAUUUGAUACGCAGUGGAACGAUCUAGAUUAUAUGGAUAAAAAUAAUGAUUUUACGUAUAAUUUGGAUAAAUUUAAAAAUUUGCCAGAAUUUGUGAAUGAACUUCAUUCGAGAGGAAUGCAUUACAUCCCUUUGAUUGAUGCUGGAAUAUCUGGUUCUGAAAUGAACGGGAGCUAUUUACCGUACGAAGAAGGUCUAAAAGAAGGUAUAUUCGUCAAGGACAAUGCAACUAAUCGGCCGUUUGUAGGAAAAGUUUGGAAUUUAGUUUCAACUGUUUGGCCUGACUUUACGAAUCCUAAAACACAAGGUUACUAUCUUCGAAUGAUGAGAGACAUGCAUAACAAAUUUGCGUACGACGGUGCCUGGAUCGAUAUGAACGAACCGUCUAAUUUUUACAAUGGUCGUAAAGAUGGAUGUUUGCAAAAUAAUUUGGAUUAUCCGAAAUACGUGCCUAAUGUUGUCGGUGGUAUACUUGCGACGAGAACUUUGUGCAUGAACGCGAAACAUUACUUGGGAAGUCAUUACGAUUUUCACAAUACCUAUGGAACGAGUCAAGCGAUAACAACUAAUUACGCACUGAGUAAAAUCCGAGGAAAAAGACCGUUUAUAAUAUCCCGGUCAACAUGGUUGGGACACGGACAUUAUGCCGGUCACUGGACAGGAGAUGUUUAUUCGUCGUGGCAUGAUCUAAAAAUGAGUAUUCCUGCAAUUCUGUCGUUAAAUUUUUAUCAAAUACCGAUGGUUGGCGCAGACAUUUGUGGAUUCAAUGGAAAUACGACAGCUGCGUUGUGCAAUCGUUGGAUGCAACUCGGUGCUUUUUAUCCGUUUUCACGUAAUCACAAUUCCGACGAUACGAUCGAACAAGAUCCUGUUGCAAUGGGCGAUUUGGUAGUGAAAUCAUCGAAACGUGCACUUACGAUACGUUAUUGGCUUUUACCCUACCUGUACACCUUAUUUUUUCGGGCACAUAAGUUUGGAGAGACCGUAGCGCGGCCACUGUUUUUCGAAUUUCCCCACGAUUCAGCUACUUACGGUAUCGAUACGCAAUUUUUAUGGGGAAGUUAUUUGAUGAUCGUACCAGUUUUAGAAGAAAACAAGGUAAAAGUAAGAGGUUAUUUGCCCCGUGGUCUAUGGUAUGAUUUUUAUACGAAGAAAGCCUCGUUUUGUAUGGGUAAAUAUUACACGUUGAACGCACCGCUGGACGUUAUACCGUUGAUGAUUCGCGGUGGAUCAAUUUUACCGGUACAGAAAGCAGCCAAUACCACGACAUACAGUAGAAAAAACAAGUUGGAAUUGUUGAUCACGUUGGAUCACGUUAAAGAAGCAAAAGGAGAAUUGUAUUGGGACGAUGGUGACAGCUUAGAUUCGUUUGAAAAGGGGCAAUUUCUGUGGUUGUUGUUCAACAUCAAGAACAAUACUUUGUCGAGUUUUAAAGCGAAAAAGAGUUGGUUUCAAGAGAAAAUGAUGCUCGACAGAAUCGAAAUAUGGGGAAUAACAAAAAAGGUUACGCAAGUUUUGAUAAACGAUCGUAAAAUACCAUUCGAGUACGAUACGAAAGAAAAUCGUUUGAAUGUCAACGAUUUAGAAACGGAUUUGCGAAAGAAUUUUAAAUUGUCUUGGAAAUAAGUUGAUUCUAGAUUAAAUAAUUACAUACGCAACGACUGACAAUGCAUGCUGUAUUUGUGAUUAUAUCAUAAAACGUACACGUACAUCCUGAUUCUGUGGAACGUAAGUAACUUGUGAUAUUAUUACAUGGUAAAUCGUGUUUUUCUGCUUUUGGCGACACGAUAUUUCAUUAUAUAUACAUAUAUACAUAUAUAUAUUUCUAUAUACCGAAAUAAAUACUUUGAAUA